UUUUCUUUUCUUUUGUUGUCAGUAGCAGGGAUGAGGACGAAAUGAUGGAAGCUAAGUUUGAAAACGCAGAUGUGCUCAUAGCUACUCAGACCUUGGCUGCAUUGGACAAAGACCUAAUGGCGAUGGAGAGUAUGCAGGAUGAUUCUGAAAGCGGAUCCGUAUCUAGUGAGACGAAUGGCUCCCCCCUCCCUUUUUCACGGGAUGCUGAGGCUGCCCAAGAUGUUCCAGUUCCUGUGCCAGUGACGAUAAUAGAUGAAAUUCCCGAAACUGACAUUAUAAUCCACCCCACUAGAGAGGAAGGAGGACCUUUGUUUUCUGAGACAGGGGCUAAUGAAGAUAUUUCAGCUGAUUCCAUUAUCCUAGGGAAGCUUACUAAUGAAAAUAAUAAUGCUGGUUCUUUGAGCAAGGGAUCUGUAGAUGGUAUAUCCUCCAAUUUAUCCAAGAGCUUAUUGCAACAACCGUCACCUAAAGAAGAGUUUGGACGCCAAACUGAGAAAGAGCAGAUAUAUAUAUCGGAGACACACACACCUUCCUGGGAAAAAACGAACAUGAAGGAUGUGUCCCUGGAAAUCCUCACAAAAAAUGGUACUGAGUCUGAAAAAUCCAAAGUGAUUUCUUCCAACUUUACUGUUAUGAGUGAAAGAAAUAGAACGAAUGAGAAAGUAAAACAAUUGAAAGAGGCUAAUACCAAGGAAGGACUUCCAAGCAAAAUUAAAUCUGAAUUGGAAUUCAGAUAUGCAUCAACAAAAGACCCAGAUGAGCAGCAAAGUAUCCCUACACCAUCUUUAUGGUGCUACCGUGUUCGCAAUGGAAUCACAAACUAUGAACCUAAAAUAGGUCUGACCACCUUUAAAGUUGUACCUCCCAAACCUGAAGUGAAAUCUUUUGACAGAGAUGCCUCCCUUUCUACUGGUGCCAUUAAAAUAGAUGAAUUGGGCAACCUGGUGGCUCCAAAUGUUGGUAGUAUGAAAAAGGUCACAGUAAAUGUGACUUCAAGUGAAACAGAGGAAACUCUCAUUGGGAGAGCCAAAGCAUACUGGAGAUCAAAUUCUAUGAAAACACCGUUGGGGGAGUCCCCAGUAGGCUUCCCCACCAAGCCAGCAGUCACCACCAAUUUCAAACCCCUCAGUAAAAUAGGUGAAACAAAGCCUGACUCCCUUGCAGGUCUGAAGGCAGCAACAGCACCACUAGCUGGUUCCAGGACAGUUGACAAUAAUGUUGGGCCUUGCGGGGGGAAGCCACUCAUUUAUGCCACACAGUCUUCAGUUAAAAUGCUAACGACUCCAGUGGUCAAGACAGAUAAGAUGGAGCUCCCUUUUCAGAAGCCCCAAAGAAGAACAUCAAGCCAUUACGUAGCCUCUGCCAUUGCAAAAUGCAUCGAUCCACUCCAGUUUAAAACCAAUCAAGAAAGGCAUGACAAAGUAGAAGAGAUGAGGGAUGGGAAAGCGGUAGAAACUGAAACAGAACCACUUCCCAAAAGAUGCAUUAUUUUGGCCAAAACCUGCCCAGUAGAAAUGCAGCCAGCAGAAACAAAAAAAUCUGAUAUAGAUAUCUUCAGCUGCAGCCAAAAUGCAUCAAAUACUCUACCACUUGGUGCUCAUUCCAAGAUAAGAAAUAGCACUCAUUGCUACAGGGAGCCAUUUACCACAAUACCUUUUAAAGAUGGUGGUCUCACAGGAGAGAAGCCCAGUUGGGGUUCCAUAGAAAAUGUAGUUGUUAGAGAGACACCUUCUAUAUUUAAUCAAAGGAGGGAGCAAACAGACGAGGCUAACUGCCCCUUCUUCCUUAGAUCAUCUAACAGUUUCUCAUCUUCCAUCACUUCCAGCUCUUCUGUGAAGUCAGCCGAGGGGCAUCCUCUGAACAGUAGACCAUCAGAGUUAAAUAGAACAACUAUUGUUAAUCAUGUAGUUUCAGAAAAAGAUGAAAAACUUGGUGGUGCAUGUGAAAGCAAAAGGGUAGAGUCUGAUGUCGGAGGUGAUAAUAAAGUUUUUGGGCCAAAGAAGAAGUUUAAGCCAGUCAUCCAGAAGCCACUUCCAAAAGAUACAUCUCUACACAGUGCUUUAAUGGAAGCCAUCCAGAACGCAGGAGGAAGAGAAAAUCUCCGAAAGAUUUCACCCAGCAUGGCUAAUGGACCUCAGAAGAAGCCACUGUUCACAGAACAAGAGAAUGAGCGCUCUGCCCUUCUGGCAGCCAUUAGAGGUCACAGUGGAGCCUCAAAGUUGAGAAAGAUCUCUUCAUCAGCUUCUGAAGAGCUGCAGAGUUUCCAAAACGCAGAAGCAGCCUUGCAAAACAGAGAGGCCUCUACAACAGAGCAACGGGGGAAUCAGCUGCCGGCUCCGCCUCCACCUCCUCCACCACCUCAAGCGACAAUGAAAACUCCUAGGUACAUUGCAAGUGCAAGAACAGACAGCCCAGGGGAUGCAAGGCAGGCGCUAAUGGACGCAAUCCGCUCGGGAACUGGGGCGGCGCGUUUGAGAAAGGUCCCUCUGCUUGUUUGAACACUAAAUGCUCCAGUCACCCGUUUCUUAGCAAUUUCUCGUGCAUUUCUUACUGGUUUGAAUGGACACCCAUGGCAAGAGGAUUCCAAGAAGUUUACAGGCCAAAAAUAAGCUGCAUUUUCUGUGUUUCUCUCUAUUUUUUAUUUGGUUCACAGGUUGCUACACAGCUUCUGUGCCAAGGAUGUGGGUCCCUUGCCCCCAAAUAGUCAAACCGUGCCAAUAAAACUAUUCUCAAUGGCAGGUUAAUUAGCUGACAAACACUUUUUGCUGUGUGUACUCAGCACCAACAUAUUUUUGCUUGUUCACAGUUAAAAAUACUUAGCUGUUCUGGACCAUUUAGUUAAUUUAUUUUUAAAAACAAAAACAAUUUAAAACCUCAGAGUAUACAGACUAUAGAUCUGUUAAAAUGGGAUGGAGGGAUUAUGACAGAAACUCAGUGGUUCAAAUUACUACAUGCUGAAGUCACUGCUUUUUACAGUCAAGCAAGAUUUAUUAUCCACAAUGUUUUGUCCAAGCUAAUUAUCAUUAGAGAUUCAGAGAUCACUAGGGAUCCAUUUGACAGGCAGUUUUAGAGGAUAUAAAGUCCAUAAUAGUAAUUUCUGCAGAUAUGCUGAGCCCCAAGGGGAGGUGGCAGCCCAGCAGAGGGCAUGUGGGGGGCGCCUUAGUAGGGGAACUCCCCACAGAGCUGUGCCUGGCACAUUCCCUGCACAGCUUCUGGCAAAUGUUGAAGGCAACAGCUUUCUAUCCUGGCGUUUGACACUUGAUGUGUAUAUUUUUAAGACCCACCUUAUCUUUGUAGUUGUUUUGAACUGCUAUUAGUAUUGUAUUUUGUUGUGUAUCCCACCCUGGGACCUUAGGGUGGAGGGAUGCAGGUGGCGCUGUGGGUUAAACCA